AUGGCUCUCCAGGAACAGAUGUUCAGCGGUUGUGGCAAUGAGGGCCCCGCCGGCCAUUCAGCUCAGAUGUGCCCUAUUUUCCUUGUGUUCUCAGAUCGCUAUGCAGUCAACAAUGCUUCGAGGCUCCUAGCUCAGGCGGCUGCGACCCGGUCUUCCUCUACCCAGCUCACAACUGCUGUUGUGGAUGAUGCUGCUGACUCUGCCCAUGCUGUAGCAGACGAGCCGUUCCACCCGUGGGUCUAUGGCUUCGAUGGUCCGCCUAUCCCGCAACAGGAAUUCAUUCUGGAAAACGGCGGCGAUUGGGGUGUAACUGGGGAGAGUCUUGGGCCUACUACUGUUCCAUCAUCGACGUUUCCCGGGCAGAUAACCGCAUUCAACGGCUGA